AAAAAAAACUGCGACCGAAAGAACAUCGUGCGGAACGGGACCAAAGUGUGGAAGAACAUAAAGAAAUUAGCCCCACAUACCACCGCUCGGGCCACGGUGGGGGAAUUUCGUAGCAGUUUUCGUUUCCGGUGCAUUGAUCGGGUGCGUGUGGUGUCCGUCUCCUUGCAGCAUCGUGCGAUGCAUCUCGGGCUCCUCCCCCACGGGCACAACCUGAGCGGAUGCUAUUCUGUGUAAUUUCUCGUGAUUCAUUGCACGCGCAGCAGGCUGAGUGAGAAAAAAAGGGUCGUGCGUGUUCGCAAGAUUCGGCCACCAACAUUAGCCCCUAGCACCAACAUCAGCAAAAGCAAAAGGCUACGCAGUACAAAAGCAUUGUUCUAGGGAGUAGCGGAGGGAAAAGGUCGUGGAGCGGACCGCGUAAGUGCAUAAUCGGGCGAGUACAGCCCUCCCACCCCAUUUGUCGGUGCAAAACUCUGUCGUGGGAUGCACCCCCCAGCACCCAGUGUGAAGCGUGCAUGAGCGGGGUAGUGGCAUGUGCAAACCCCUCCCCGUGUUCCCCCCUGUUCCAGUGCAGCGCAAACCCGUUCCGCCGCACUGCCGCACUUCGCUCGAUGACUAAUCCAUCCAACCGUAUCGUCCGGCGCAACAAAACCGUGGUGCAGCUGGUGGUGGCGGCGUGAAACACUCCACCCAGGACGGGCAUGCGAUCGCAGCCCAAAGCAGCAUUCAGACGACGCUACUACUACUAUCGCCGCACGGUCCGUCACCGUCCGGUUCCGGUCCGGCGCAGACUAUCGGGUUAAACGGCAUGACACCGCAGCGACCACCGCGGCGAAGGGCCCAGUCCGUGGGCAACUCGAGCUACGGGUCGAGCCCGGCCCUGUCGUCCCACACGCCCCGAGGAUCACUCUUUACCGCUAACGAGGAAGAUGUAUGCUACGUACGCAUCCGGGUCCUGGGGGCGAGCGGACUGGCCAAGAAGGACAUCUUUGGCUACAGCGACCCUUACGUGAAGAUCGAGCAGAACACCAUCACCGGCGACGUCAACGUGGACCACAUGGUGACGAAAACUAAACGAAGGACGCUGAACCCAGUCUGGAACGAGGAGUUUGUGUUUCGCGUCAAACCGAACGAGCACAAGCUGGUGUUUCAGGUGUUCGACGAGAAUCGGCUGACGCGCGACGGCUUCAUGGGGCUGGUCGAUCUGACGCUGAUCAAUUUGCCGCACGAGAGCGACCAGCGCACGAUCGCCCCGCAGCGGUACACGUUGCGGGCCAAGCGCCAGUCCAGCCUGCGCGUCAGCACGAAGGUGCGCGGCACGCUCGAGCUGUACCACGCGAUCAUGCGCGACGACGAUCCGGCGAUCGGGCGCACCCGCACGGCGAUCGGCGGCAGCAAUCGGGCUUCGGCCACGAGCACACCGCUGGCCGCGCACCGCAACGCCGGCCUGUACCCGCAGCAGCAGCUGCCCCUGAACCAUCCGCAGCAUCCGCAGCACCGGCUGCACCAGCUGGCAUCGCUGACGGCGCAGCCGAACGAUGCGCUGCCGCCCGGCUGGGAGGUGCGGCAGGAUCCGGUCGGCCGGAUGUACUACGUGAACCAUAUCGCGCGCACCACGCAGUGGGAGCGGCCCACCAUUGGCCCGUCCCAGCCCGGGCUGAACGAGAUGGUGGCCGCGUUCCAGCGUCGCUUCCACAUCAGCAACGAUCCCGACAAUGGAGGCAGCGGUAGCAACAACACGAGCAUGGCCGACACUGUCAGUAUUACUUCGGAAAAUGGCGACACCACCGCGGCGGCGGUCGGGAAUAGGUCGGGCGCCCCCGGUAUCGGCUCACCGAUGGUGCUCGCGGCCGACCACCCGCUCCUAUCUACGCUGAUGGCGCAGUCCGGCGACGGUGUGGGCCGGGGCACGGCGGUGGCCACUCCGGAACGUCCCGCCAGUGCACCGCGCGGCGAUGACGCGGAACUGACGGUCGGGCUGUCGCCAUCGCCCUCGGUCGCUUCGAUUGCUAGCAGUGGGGCGGGCGGUACGUCGAUACGCCCGAUACGUCCGGCACCUCCGCCCCCACCUGGAGGCGGCGGCGGUGGCUCGUCAGCGUCGUCGGCCCGCGCCAGUCCCGUCGGCACGCCGGUACCGAGCCAGCGACGCCGAUCGUCACCCGGCAGCAGCGAAAGUGCACAGGCGACCGCGAUCGAGGCAGGCAGCGGCGAAGCGGGAGACACCACCCCUGGCCCGUCCGCACCUAUCGCAACGGCUGACGACGAACAGCCAAACGCAAGCGCGCCGGUCAAUGGAAGUGCGGAAGGCGGCGCCCCGUCCACUGUUCCACGGGAGGUCAGUGAAACUGCAACGUCUUCCAUCGGUAGUGAACAAACCGCAGCGACGACGCCCAACCGACCGGACACUGCGGUGGCCGUACAGCCGACGUCGCCGAGUCAUCCAACGACUCCGGCACCGGCGGCACAGCCGAACGCGACCGGCCUACCGCCCGGCUGGGCCGUCCAGGUAGCGUCGAACGGGCGGCUGUUCUUUAUCGAUCACAUUAACAAAACCACCUCGUGGGUCGAUCCGCGCACCGGCCUGGCCAGCCCGAUACCGAGCGCCGCCGGGUCCGACGGGGUUGCGGCCGGCGGUGCUGGAUCGACCGCCGGCAGCGGCCACGGCAGCCGGGGCGAUUCGCGCUCCUCGGACGACAACCUGGGACCACUGCCGGAGGGCUGGGAGGAGCGGGUGCACAGCGACGGGCGCACGUUCUUCAUCGAUCACAACACGCGCACGACGCAGUGGGACGAUCCGCGGCUGUCCAAUCCAAAGAUCGCUGGCCAGGCGGUACCGUACUCGCGCGACUACAAGCAGAAGUACGAGUACUUCAAGAGCCAGCUGCAGAAACCGAGCAACGUGCCAAAUAAGAUCGACAUCAAGGUGCGGCGGGCGUCCAUACUGGAGGAUUCGUAUCGCGUCAUCAACUCGGUCACGCGGCUCGACCUGCUCAAGACGAAGCUGUGGGUCGAGUUCGAGGGCGAGACGGGGCUGGAUUAUGGGGGGCUGGCGCGCGAGUGGUUCUACCUGCUGUCGAAGGAGAUGUUCAACCCGUACUACGGCCUGUUUGAGUACUCGGCGAUGGACAACUACACACUGCAGAUCAACCCCAACAGUGGGCUGUGCAAUGAGGAGCAUUUGAACUACUUCCGGUUUAUCGGGCGCAUUGCGGGCAUGGCAAUCUACCAUGGCAAGCUGCUGGAUGCGUUCUUCAUCCGACCGUUCUACAAGAUGAUGCUGCAGAAGUCGAUCGACCUCAAGGACAUGGAGGCGGUCGACACGGAGUACUACAACUCGCUGCUCUACAUCAAGGAGAACGAUCCGAGCACGCUGAUGCUCACGUUCAGCGUGGACGAGGAAAGCUUCGGCACGACGAACCAGCGCGAGCUGAAACCGAACGGGGCCGAUCUGGAGGUGAGCAACGAGAACAAGGACGAGUACAUCCGGCUCGUGAUCGACUGGCGGUUCGAGGCGCGCGUCAAGGACCAGAUGCAAGCGUUCCUGGAGGGCGUCAGCUCGCUGGUGCCGCUGCACUUGCUCAAGAUUUUCGACGAGAACGAGCUGGAGCUGCUGAUGUGCGGCAUCCAGAGCAUCGACGUGAACGACUGGAAGAAGAACACGAUGUACAAGGGCGACUACUACGCGAACCAUGCGGUGGUGCAGUGGUUCUGGCGCGCCGUUCUGUCCUUCAACAAUGAAAUGCGCUCCCGGCUGCUGCAGUUCGUGACCGGCACGUCGCGCGUCCCCAUGAACGGGUUCAAGGAGCUGUACGGCUCGAACGGGCCGCAGCUGUUUACGAUCGAGAAGUGGGGCACGGUGAACAAUUUUCCGCGCGCCCAUACCUGCUUCAACCGGUUGGAUCUGCCGCCGUACGAGAGCUACGCCCAGCUAAAGGAAAAGCUAAUCAGCGCAAUCGAGGGCAGCCAAGGUUUUGCCGGCGUCGAUUAAUGCGCCUCCCCCCCUAUGCUGCGGAACAAUACUGCAACACGAGUAGGGCAUGCAACCUGCACGAAGCGGUUUUUUUUUUGUUUUGUUUGAGAUUAAGGCAAUCUUAAUGCCUUUUUUGUAAUUUUUGGUGCCCACGCUGGUGGACGCACGGAUGUGUUUAAAUGUGUUUGGCAUGUUUCCCAUGUCCCAAGCUGGAGAUGGCCGGUUCCCACUGGUAAUGCAAAUACGCAAAACGGAAAGCCAUAGGUAAAUGACUCUACUCGUGCAUUGAUACACACCCACGACCCAACACAUUCCGUGGUAGAAGAUUAAUUAUAAAUCAGAUCGCCUGUUAAAAAAAAGAUAGAAACUAAAAGAAAAUAACUAUUUAUCGGCCCGCUCUCGGGUUUUUUUUGCGAAACCGAGCAAAAUGGUUGUACAUCGGAGUGAGCAGUGAAGGCAGAAUCAGGGGACAGUACAGGAAGUGCACUAUUUUUAGGAGCAUGUUAUCCUAACCGUAUUAAAGUAGAGAAGCAACCAACAGAAGAGACCACAUGCCCGCCUGUCGAGUGCAUGUUGCGUAAUUGGCGCUUUCUAUGGUUUUGACAAGAGGAUUAGUGCCUUCAGCUACGUUUCUCUGUCGUUCCUUUAAAUGUUUUUAAAUGCACUUUUGUGUAAAAAAAAAGAAAACUUCACAAAAACACGCCCAUUUAACACACGAAAACGAGGUCAGGCAAAACCACACGCGAUUCCAAAACGUUCAAUUGGGUUGUGUAUUGUAAAGUUGAUUGAUUUUAAUUUCAUCUUGCAGCGGAGAUCGGUAGACUUUUAAGAAGCACACAUACACACUUUCGUUUGCAUCACACAAACACACAGACACCAAAAUAUAUUUGAAAAAGGUUAGAAAACCAGAGGUUGAAUCCGUAGGAACAAGGCAAGCACAGGGAAAAGUCCGGUGCACGUAUUAUUUAUCGGGAGCUCUGUGGCGCUCUGUGUGGAAAGUGUCGUAGGAAAAUAAGGACGUAGAGCUAUCGUUACUUAUGGAUUUAGCCACUAGCAGCAGCAGCAGCAGCAGUAGCCAGGCCACCCCACACCAACGACCCGCAAAACGGCAACAAUAGCUUUACAGUUAAUCUUCGCGAAAAGAUUAUGCCGGAAAUUUAAGGAACAACCGCCGUAUCUCUCCUGUUCUCCCUUGACUUGUUCGGCGCACAAUAAUUAAACGUGAUUAGUGGGAUACGAUAAGGUGUGUUAAAAAGACCCCGUAGCAAGGACUCCUUCUGCGUGGUACUCAAUAAUUCCCGAACCCCUGUAUUGGCCGGCAUGGCCGCGUAGGUUGUUACGCAAAGAAGAAGAAGAAGAAGAAGAAGGUGUUAAAAGUGUGCGUUGUAAAAUUACGCCAAAAUGUUGCUGGUGGCAACCGCCACCGUCCCCCCCAAAAAAAAGCCACCCCUCUUAUCCAUCCUCUAUACUAUACUAUCCUUAGUAGUAGAACUAUCGUGCGGUAAUCAGUACGCAAAUCCUGUUGUCCAUGUACCGUUGGUGUAGUGAUUUAGUUAGUUAGUGAUUUAGACGGUCGCCGUCGUUGCAUCCGGUGGGCUAAUUUUUGCACAAUUGAUAUAUGUUUAUUUUUAUUCGAUCGAGAAAACGGAGCGAAACAGUAUAAAAGAAGCGGUUGAAGUAUGAAAUUAAAAGUGGGAAUUGAAGUAAACGAGAAGCGGAAACACAUACAAAAGUGAUGCUAGUUGUAAUAUUUGGUAUAAAAAAAUACACAAGAGAACAGUAAUAAAGCAUUACAAAUCGGUUGCUGGAA